UCUCGAGAUUGAAAAAUGGCGUCUCUGGUUCGAUCAGCUACUCUCAGAGCAUUGAAACCACUCUGCAAUGUCACCCUAAACGACGCCGUCCUCCGCCGGUCCCAAACCCUCAGCGUGCGGGCUUUCUCCACGACCUUAUCGCCGCCGUCUAAGGCGGUGGUAUACGAGCAACACGGUCCUCCCGACAGGGUCACCAGAGUCAUAGAAUUACCGCCGGUUGAAGUGAAGGAGAACGAUGUGUGUGUGAAAAUGUUGGCUGCUCCUAUCAACCCUUCUGAUAUUAAUCGAAUUGAAGGGGUGUACCCUGUGAGGCCACAAGUUCCAGCGGUUGGAGGAUAUGAAGGCGUAGGAGAGGUACAAUCAAUCGGGUCUGCGGUUAAAGGUCUCUCGCCUGGCGAUUUGGUCAUCCCAUCUCCGCCUUCUUUCGGGACAUGGCAGACUUAUAUUGUGAAAGAUCAGAGUGUAUGGCAUAAGAUCAAUAAAGAUUCACCCUUGGAGUAUGCUGCCACUGUUACGGUUAAUCCUUUGACUGCUCUAAGAAUGCUAGAAGACUUCACCACUUUAAAGAAAGGAGAUGCUAUUGUUCAAAAUGGAGCUACAAGCAUCGUGGGGCAGUGCAUUAUUCAGCUUGCACAGCAUCGUGGCAUCCAUAACAUUAACAUAAUAAGGGACAGGGCUGGGUCAGAUGAAGUAAAAGAAAAACUCAAAAACCUUGGUGCUGAUGAAGUUUUUACAGAGAGUCAGCUGGAAGUUAAGAAUGUCAAGGGUCUUCUGGGUGGUAUACCUGAACCUUCAUUGGGAUUUAACUGUGUUGGAGGCAAUGCUGCUUCUCUGGUUCUUAAAUUUUUGGGGCGUGGUGGAACUAUGGUAACAUAUGGUGGAAUGUCUAAGAAACCUGUUACUGUAUCAACUUCAUCUUUUAUUUUUAAGGAUCUUUCCUUGAGGGGAUUCUGGUUGCAGAAAUGGAUGAGUACAGAAAAGGCAUUUGAGUGUAGAGUUUUGAUAGAUCACCUCCUGGACCUAGCACGGGAAGGGAAGUUAAAAUACGAGAUGGAGCUGGUUCCCUUUGACAAUUUCAGUGCUGCACUCGAUAAGGCGCUUGGGAAACAAGGGAGCCAAGCGAAACAAGUUAUCAAUUUUCAGCUUUAAGCAUGACGUGAGGCUUUUGUUUUGGCGAUCCUUGGUUUUGUUGUAAGGUGGUGGAUUUUACGUCAUAUGUGGGAUCUCCCAGUACAUAAUGUAAUUGUUAGAAUAAAUGGAAAUCGACAUUUACGGCA